ACAACAUCAACCUGCAGACACACAGUAGAAAAUAAAGACAAAGAAAAUGGUGGGCACAACUAUGGGACAUCAAAAUCUGACUGAACUCCAAACAACAAUUAGUCCAAACAAAAUGCAGGAGAAGAGCUUUUCAAGCAUUGAAAUCUUUAUGAUAUGCAUAUUUUUUGUCACCUUAGUUAUAGGUGUCAUUGGAAAUGGACUUGUCAUCUUUGUGACCAGCUACAAAAUGAAGACGACAGUCAACUCCAUCUGGUUCCUCAACUUGGCGAUUGCAGACUUCCUUUUUAUUACGUUCUUGGUUUACGAAAUUGUUGUUGUCUUUGAAAAUAGUAUAUAUUUGCAAUCCAACAAACUCAUAGCUGCAUGUUGGAUUUUUGGUGUUGUACUAAAUAUAUUUGCAAGUGUUUUCUUUCUGACAGUUAUCAGUGUGGAUCGAUGUCUGUGCACAUGGUUUAUUGUUUGGGUUCAGAAUAAGCGAACUUUAGUCAAAGCCAGAAUCAUCAGUGUAUUUGUGUGGAUUUUAGCCAUCUGCUGCAGCCUCCCUUUUGGCAUUACGGAGUAUGUAUAUAAAGCUGAAAAUGCCAUCAAUGUUAUGUUGUCUCUGCAAACAUACAUAUUUAUUAUGGGAUUUGUAAUUCCAUUUAUAAUCAUUGCAUCUUCAUACAUAGCUAUUGGUGUGCGGGUCAUCAUAUCUGUGAUUCUGGCUUUUUUCAUAUGCUGGUUUCCUUUCCAUGUUCAAAAAUUGUGUUUCAUGAGUUCAGUAAAGUAUAAAUGGAGGUCCCACAAGAAUCUUGAAGCUGCAGAACCUUUUGUUACCUGUCUGGUUUAUCUAAACAGCUGUCUGAACCCCAUUCUCUAUGUGUUCAUGUGUGAUAAGUUUAAAGUAAAACUUAAAAAGUCUCUCCUGAUGGUGCUUGAGGCAGCCUUUACUAAAUUAUAUGGGUUGACAUGA